UACACUCACACUUUCUCUCUCUAUAUCGGCAGCUCUUCCUCCCCCACUCUGUCUCCUUCUUCUUCUCUCUCUCUUCAUCAUUAUUAUAUAUAUACACAUGUACACCUCCUGCUUGUGGGUAUUUCCUCAGUGCAUCAGCUGCAUGAUUCUUGCAUAGCUUCUACUCCUCAUACAUAUCCACUUCAUCAAUACUCCCAGUUUCUUUUUUGUCUAAGUAGUGGAAAUUUGAAUAGUGCUCUAAGAAGGUAGAGGUCAGGUGGGGGGGAGAAAAAGGCAGUGUUGCAUGGGAUGGAUUCUUCAAGCGCACAACACCAUCACCAGGAAAUGGGUUCUCAGACACUAGAAAGCAUGUUGGUUUGCACAAAAACACAGCAAGAAAAGAAACCAAGACCAGCUGAUCAGCAAGCCCUGAAAUGCCCUAGAUGUGACUCCACCAACACCAAGUUCUGUUACUACAACAACUACAGCCUCUCCCAGCCUAGGUACUUCUGCAAAUCUUGCAGGAGGUACUGGACAAAAGGUGGAACUUUGAGGAAUGUUCCAGUCGGGGGAGGGUGCCGGAAGAACAAGAGAUCUUCGUCGUCUUCGUCCUCUUCAUCGUUGUCGUCCUCGAAGCGUGGCCAAGAUCCACCAAUCACAACACUCCCCAGCCCUAUGGACCCUAAUUCCUUGACUCCCCCUUUGUCAUACGAUUCCAAUGACCUCAGCCUUGCAAUUGCCCGGAUUCAGAAGCAAAGUUCCGGGCAGUUGUUGGGGCUGGACGACCAUCAAGAAUUCUCGAUUUGGGGAAAUCCAAACAUGCCCCAUCAUCAUGGCGAUGUUCUUGGGAGUAAUUCUGGGUUGGCCAGCUCUUCUUCUGGGCUGUUUGAUGCGCUCAGGAGCGGGUUUCUUGAGAGCACUCCACCCGCAAAUGGAUUCCAGAAUCUGUACUAUGGAGGAAUGGGAAAUGGGAACCUGCAGGGAGUGGAGAAUGGAGGAAUGGGAAUGAGUGGAAGCCAAGAAAUGGGGGUCCCAUUUGAGGAGUUCAACGGCGGAACCACCGCGUCGUCGACGGCAGUCACGACGGUGAAGCAAGAAAUGUGCGGCUCGGGUAGAGAAGGCGAAAGCAGAGUUUUGUGGGGAUUCCCGUGGCAGAAUCUUGGAGGUGGCGAUGGCAACACGACAAUGGAUUUGGAUUCCGGUCGACUGAGCUGGAAUGGAAUAGGAUCAUCUAAUUGGCAUGGACUUCUCAAUAGCCCUCUCAUGUAAAGACAGAAUUAGCAUUCUUAGCAGGUCUCGAUACUUUGAAUUUCGUAUGAGAUUGCGAGUAUCGAAACUCUCUAAGAAUUAUAAGACAUAAAUUAUGGUAGAGGAGGGGGAAAGGAAAACAGGUUUGAAUAGGUUUUCGUUGUCCUAAAGUCUUAACUAAUUGGGGGGGGGGGGGGGGGGGGUUUGAAAACGAAAGAAAGAAGAAGCUUAAUUUAAUUUAAUGGUAUGGAUUUUGUGAGUAGUAAUUAAGAGGGAGGGGAGGGGAAGGGAGUUUGAUUCAGGUGGAGUCAUAAUUUCCUGUUUUGUUGAUGUGUUUA